CACUUGCAGCUGGUGCAGGGGACAGGAAACAGCUGCUUGGGAACUGGAAGGGGCCCUGCCUGGCCUUGGAGCGGGGAAGGAAGAGCCAGGGACUCAGGUUGUGUAUGGCAGCUACUUCAGAAAACAUGGCCAAGUUUGCCCUGAAUCAGAACCUGCCUGAUCUGGGCGGCUCUCGCCUGUGCCCCGUUCCUGUCGGGGGCUCGCCCGGCCUGAGCUCGCCCUACUCCGUGGAGACGCCCUACGGCUUCCACCUGGACCUGGACUUUCUCAAGUACGUGGAGGAGCUGGAGCGCGGCGGCGCCGGCCCCCGCCGAGCCCCGGGCCCCCCGCCCGCGCGCCGUCCCCGCGCUCCCCGCCCGAGCCUCGCAGGCGCGCGCAGCCCGGGCGCCUGGACAUCCAGCGAGUCCCUGGCCAGCGACGACGGCGGAAAGUCCGGCGCGCUCUCCCCUGGGGCUCCUCUGGGGCUCCAGUUGCCACCGCUUUCGCCGCGCGCACUCGUGCGCAAUGAGCGCGUCGAGAACACACUGCUGGAAACGAGCCGUCGGCUGGAGCUGGCACAAGCGCGCGAGCGCGCGCUCAGCCCUUCCCGCGCAGUGCAGUGCAGCCCGCGAGGGUCCGGCCGCAGUAGCCCCGCCCCCAGCCCCGCCCCCAGCCCCGCCCCGGUCUCUCCGGGCCCCGCGCAGCUCCAGCAGGUGCGAGAGCAGAUGGCAGCGGCGCUGCGGCGCCUGCGCGAGCUCGAGGACCUGGCGCGCGCGCUGCCGGAGCUGCAGGAGCAGGUGCGGGCGCUGCCGGACGCGUGGGUGACCGAGGCGCUGCUCGGGGUGCCUGCCGCUGCGGAGCGCGAGCUGGAGCUGCUGCGCGCCGGCCUGGAGCACCAGCGGGGCGUGAGCGCGCUGCUGCGCGGGCGGCUGCGGGAGCUGGAGGAGGCGGGCCAGGCUGCGCGGGAGGGGACCAGCCCAGCCCCGCCGCGCGACGCCACCACCCAGACCCCUUGGGGCUGUGCGGAGAAGACCACGCAGACUGAGCUUCCCGCGGCGGCCCCCUGCCUGACUCCGGAAAGGGAGAGCCCUCCUGGGGACAAGGCGGUGGCCCCUGCUGGCACCCUCAAAUCCAUCAUGAAGAAGAGAGAUGCCACCACCAGUCCCCAGUCCAGCCCCGGACCUAAGAGCCUGCAGUUUGUUGGCGUCGUCAACGGAGAGUACGAGAGCUCGUCCAGUGAGGACGACAGCGACAGCAGCGACAGCCAAGGCGGCGCCCCGCGGCCCCCCAGGAGUAGUUCUUCCGGUUCCGGGAAUGACAGCGGUGGGGAAUCCGACUCGGGCACACCCAGUGGUGGGGACGUUGGGGACCCUGGGCCAGAGGCAAAGGCGGAAGCGGAGCCUCAGCCCGGGACCCAGGAAAGGUACAAGCUGAGUCCUCGUUUGCGUGAGGCAUGCGCCACGCUUCAGAAACAGCUGGGCUGGCCCGGAGGAGUGGCUCACGACAGUAACGCAGCGCGCCUGGUGGCCCAGGAGUGGUUCCAGCUGUCCAGCCAGCGGCGCUCCCAGGCGCACUUGGUGGCCGGGGUGCUGCGCGGCUUGGCGAGCCUGGGGUCCCCCCUGCUGACACAUGUGGUGAACCUGGCAGACAGCAACGGAAACACGGCCCUGCACUACAGUGUAUCCCACGGAAACCUGGCCAUUUCGAGCCUACUGCUGGACACGGGGGUCUGUGACGUCAGCUGCCAGAACCGUGCUGGUUACUCCGCGCUCAUGCUGGCCUCGCUCGCCUCUGUGGGGCAGGGGCCGGAGGACAUGGCUGUGGUCAAGCGGCUCUUCACAAUGGGCGACAUCAAUGCCAAGGCCAGCCAGACAGGACAGACGGCCCUCAUGCUGGCCAUCAGCCAUGGCCGCCAGAACAUGGUGGCAGCCCUGCUGGAGUGUGGGGCCGACGUGAAUGUGCAAGAUGCGGAUGGGGCCACAGCGCUCAUGUGCGCCAGCGAGUAUGGGCGCCUGGACACUGUCCAGUUGUUGCUGAGCCAGCCAGGCUGCGACCCUGCCAUCCUGGACAAUGAAGGCACCAGCGCCCUGGCCAUUGCCCUGGAGGCAGAGCAGGACGAGGUGGCCGCUCUACUGCAUGCCCACCUGAGCCCCGGCCAGCCUGGCUCCCAGGCCCAGUCACCCCCAGGCUCUCCUGUAGCCACACCGGAUGAAGGACCAUGCAGUGAGGGCCAAGAGGGUGCCCCGUCCCAGUGAGCUACCAAAAACACCUCAGAGAGAUGCUUCUCUCCCGCCUCAGCCUCUGGAUCACCCACCCAGCCCUUUCAACUUCCUCCCUAAUAAAACACUGCUCCUACCCUCCCA